AUGGCUUUAUCGUUUGACGACAAACUUCUUGGGGAAAAGGUCCAUAAUUAUUGUAGCAGCAGUGAAGGCGAAGAGGACACUGGCGAGAGUCGGAACAAGAGUAACCCUUCUACUAUUGUUCCGAAAAGUUUAAAUCCUCAAAAUAUAUCCUAUCUUGGCUCUCCACAGACUGGACCAAAGGGUGUAGUUGCUGAUUAUAAACGUUUUAAAAGACUGGAAAAUGAACGGAACGCUGAGAAAGAACGAAAACUUGUCGAAUAUACCAAACAGCAUUCCUUUAGUUGCAGACCUUACAGUAAAGAUGUAAAGGAAGAUGAACAUACCCAUUCGACCUUAAACGCUUCAGAUGAUAGCGACGAUGACUUUUUGACUCAAUAUCGACAGAACAGAAUAAAUGAACUAAGAAAAGCCAACGAAAGUUUACCCACUUUCAACAAGAUCUACGAUCUGGUAGCGGAUACAUUUAUUGAGGAGAUAGAUAACACAAACGAGAACACGACUGUUAUUGUUUUUAUAUAUGAAAAUGGCAAUAAAUCAUGUGCAAAAGUCAACACUUGUCUCGAAAAAAUAUAUCACGGUUAUCCGCACGUGAAGUUUUGUAGAAUCCGAGCUUCUGAGGCUCAUCUCAGUUACCGAUUCUCUCACCGUGGUGUUCCUGCUAUUGUGGUCUACAAAAAUGGAGAGCUGAUAGGGAAUCUACUUUCCAUUACUAAGGAUCUUGAUCUGGAGUUCUAUCCAAACGAUCUGGAGAAUUACUUAGUUGAGUAUGGAUUUCUGCCUGAUAAAACGGUCGUCCAGUCUACUGCAGUGAUUAAUUCGUGUUCUCAUCUUUGUAAAAAAAAUUAA